AUGGGAAACGCAAGCAGCUCAGCCACACUGUGGGGAGCACAGUCUCUGGGUGCUUCCGGCAGACUAUCCGCAAGCACCCAGUCCGGUCGCGCCUCGCAGAACUUCGCCGCCGUUGUCGGGAUCUUCAUGAGAGAGUAUGAAAACAGGGACAUCAACGCGCCCGAAAUCAGGAAGGCCAUUGAGAGCCUUUCGGUCGCGCUGGAUAACGAUCGCGCUGCAGUAGACCUCAGCUUCAUUGGUCGCUUGCCGGACUGGAAGAGGUGCGAGCGAUCUUCAGACUGUCGUAUAAACCGCUGUGUGCCGCGCAAAAGAAGUCUAUCAGUCGCGGACCAGGAGGCCAUCGACGCACGCAAAGCAAAGCAAGCGGGCGGCGCACAAACGAAGCUCGUGGCGGCUGAGCCCGCGGAGCUCGUCGCAGCCGCAGAGGCAGCGUACUUGCGCAACACGAAGAACUGGGCGCUGUUCGUUGAUGGCAAGAGUAACAGCCUGUACUUUGCUGUCAGAGGGACGUCGACGGCCGGAGGCGCUGAUGUGGUCGACAACGUCACGAACGUGGAUGCGGAAGCGAUGUUGACUAUGGAUUUUGACACUGGUUCACCAGCAUAUACUGCAUCACCUUCGGCUCAGCCGCUGUCGCGCGCGUCGGUACCAAACCCCGUCCACAGCAGCCGCCCAAACCCCGUGCACAGCAGCCGCGAGCAAGACCUCAUCGAUCCCGUCCCUCGUGCCGAGAUAUCGUAUGCAGAAUGGCUCGCUGAGGCUGUCGGAAGGCAUCUCGCUGUGCAGAGCGGGAGGAAGGACGUGCCGCCGUUCUCGCCCCUGCCGUUUCUCUACCCAGGCGGAGAGCUUGUCCUCCUCGACGAAGGGGGUGAAGUCGUUGCGAAGAUGGAAGCGGAGUGUUUGAGUGCACAUGUCUUCCUCGAUCUGAGUGCUCAUAGUAGUUCUGAGUGUCAGAGAAUUGUGGACCAGCUGGUGGGAUAG